AUGUCUAACCUCGACAAUCCAGGAGUUUACUAUCAGGUAACCCAAUUUUUUUAGAAUUGCAAUAAAAAAAGGUUUUUGAUUUUUAGGAGCGAUUCUUCGCCAAUGACGGAGUUCCGGACACUGGUCGCGAGCUUAUUGCCGAGUACAAGCAACUGAUCACUCAGUUCCGCAAUUUUAUCCGUGAUUUCUCCACAGGAGGCUUCGGAAUGAUUUACAGGUAUGGAAUCAAGGGAGUGAACCAUUUUAGAUGGAAAUUACAGAGAUCAACUGAAGCGCAACUACUUUGGCGGAGAAUACCGUCUCGAAAUCAACCUGAAUCAUCUCAAGAACUUCGAUGAGGACAUUGAAAUGAAGCUUAGAAAGUUUCCGGGAAAAGUUCUGCCAGCGGUACGAAAAAUUGACGAAAAUGUUUUUUUAAUCGGAGUUUUUUCAGCUUGAAGAAGCCGCAAAGAUUGUCGCCGAUGAGGUGACGGCGCCAAGACCACAAGGAGAAGAGAAGUUGCACGAUAUCCAAGUGACGCUCACUCUCGACGAGUAUCCGACCUCCGUCCGUCAAGUCAAGUCCGCUCAGGUCUCGCAAGUUGUCAAAAUUUGCGGAAUCAUUGUCGCUGCUGCUCAGGUACUCAUUCUUUUUGCGAUUUUCUUUCCAAUGUGUUUAUUUCUAGGUGCGCUCCAAGGCGACGAAGGUGACGCUGCAGUGCCGUCAAUGCAAGCACAUAGUUCCGGAUGUUUCCAUCAAGCCAGGAUUGGAAGGAUUCGCCCUUCCCCGUACUUGCGGAGCUCCACAGCAAGGUCAAAUGCAGCGUUGUCCGAUCGAUCCGUACAUGAUUCUGCCGGAUAAGUGCGAAUGCGUCGACUAUCAGACUCUGAAGCUGCAGGAGAACCCGGAAGACGUGCCGCACGGAGAGAUGCCACGCCAUUUGCAGCUCUUCACAGAACGCUACUUGACGGACAAAGUGGUGCCCGGUAAUCGGGUCACCAUCGUCGGCGUCUAUUCGAUCAAGAAGCUAAAUCAGAAGAAGGGCGGCGACAAGACGUUGCAGGGCAUUCGCACGCCGUACCUUCGAGUUCUCGGCAUUCAAAUCGAGACCUCCGGACCUGGACGCACCAAUUUCAACGUGUUCACUCCGGAAGAGGAGCGACAGUUCAAGACGUUGGCCCAGAGAAAGGACGUCUACGAACUCAUCGCCAAGUCGAUCGCACCGUCCAUCUAUGGAUCUGUCGACAUCAAAAAGUCGAUCGCCUGUCUUCUGUUCGGAGGUGCCCGCAAGAAGCUGCCGGACGGAAUUACGCGUCGUGGAGACAUCAACGUCCUUCUGCUCGGAGAUCCCGGAACAGCCAAGUCGCAGCUGCUCAAGUUCGUCGAGCAGGUAGCUCCGAUCGGAGUAUACACUUCUGGAAAGGGUUCUUCCGCCGCCGGUUUGACGGCUUCCGUCAUCAGAGAUCCACAAUCACGGUCGUUCAUCAUGGAGGGCGGAGCUAUGGUUCUGGCCGACGGCGGAGUCGUUUGCAUCGACGAAUUCGACAAGAUGCGCGAGGAUGACCGAGUUGCAAUCCACGAGGCGAUGGAGCAGCAGACGAUCUCGAUCGCAAAGGCCGGAAUCACUACAACGCUCAACUCGAGAUGUUCGGUGCUCGCCGCUGCCAACUCGGUCUACGGACGAUGGGAUGAGUCGCGCGGAGACGACAACAUCGACUUCAUGCCGACCAUUCUCUCCCGUUUCGACAUGAUCUACAUUGUCAAGGACACUCACGACGUCAACAAGGACGCUGUCAGUUUCGUUACGUAUUCUGACAACUCAAUCAUUCACCUUUCAGACUCUUGCCAAGCACGUCAUCGAAGUGCACGUGAAUGCUUCGGCGGCCAAAGAGCGCGACAAUGCCGGUGUUCCGAAGGCGGUCACUUCUGAUUCUGAUGGAGUGACGACAAUGUUCGACACCGAUGGAUUCCUGACGAUCGAGUUCCUCAAGAAGUUUGUCUCGUACGCUCGUCUCAACUGCGGACCUCGUCUCACUCCACAAGCCUCCGAGAAGCUUGUCAACCAUUACGUCAAGAUGCGUAAUCCGGUUGUCAAUGCUGACGCCUUCAGUAUGUGCAUGUUCACGAAUUCUCCUCGCUUAUUAAUAUCAUUUCAGAGUCCGGAAAGAAGGCGCACCACUCGGCGAUUCCGAUCACCGUCCGUCAACUCGAAGCGAUCGUCCGUAUCGCGGAGAGUGUCGCCAAGAUGGAACUGCAGCCGUUCGCCACUGACAAGCACGUCGAGGAGGCGUUGCGUCUGUUCCGCGUGUCGACCAUCGAGGCGGCGGCCACCGGAAACCUGGCCGGCGUCGAGGGAUUCACCUCGUCGGUCGAUCAGGAGGCGUUGAAUCGCAUCGAGACGCAGAUGAAGAAGCGGUUCGCCAUCGGCACGCACGUCUCCGAGCACCUCAUCGUGCAAGACUUUGUCGCGCGGCAGCACUACAAGGAAUCGCUCGUCAAGAAGGUCAUUGCGAAUCUCGUCCGUCGUGGCGACUUGCAGCAGAAGAUGCAACGCAAGAUGCUGUACCGCGUCCGAUAA